CCAGGAUUUAAGCCGAGCUGGAGAAUGAGGCUUUCUCUGCUGUGGGCGGGAGCCUUCUGGGCAGGGGCCUGGCCCAUGCGCCCCGGGACCCGGGGCUGCCCGCCGACCUUAGCGCAGAUGCUGGGCGCUCGAGGAGGCAGCCAGAAUGCUAAUGCACUGCCAGGGGACACACACACUGCUGUCACCAGGCCGCGGGUAGCCUCUGCUGUGGUCUGUACCUGCUCUCCAGGCAAAGACCAACUUGGAAACCGUGCCGAAAACCCACUUUGUUAACAGAGAAGUCGCUGCCAGACCACCUGUAAGGACUUAAUGUCCUCUCCCAGGUCUGAUGGCAGAGAACAGGGGAAGUCGGGACCGGGAGAUAAGGGCACGAGGCUGAGUGAGCCAUCUGUAGCCUUUUGUUGCCAGGCUGCUGUGAGAUCUCUGAGAGGCUGCUGGCUCACCCCCCGCCCCCUCCCGCUUCACCCCACUGUGUCCUUUGACUUGGGCUUCCUUAGCGUUCUAUUUACUGGGGAGUGAGUCUCCUUCAGGCGACAUUGCUCUGGCCUCCUUGGUACUGGCUCCACAUCUGCAUGACAAAGUGACCAUGUUUGGGAGCUGGUGGCUGUGGGAGCUAUUUUUUUUUUUUUUAAUGGGGUCAGAGGAGAGUGGGGUUGAGUUUUCAGAGACAGGAGCUUCUAGAGAUGUUGAAUCCAAAGUAAUGUCUUAAAAUCUGGGUGGUGGAUAGCAGUGUUUGGGAUGGUGGAGGGGCCAAUAGACCUGGAAGAAGAAGGUAGAUUCUGGGAACAAAAAGUCAGGAUGAACCUCAAGGGGAAAGCUGGUCUUCAGGAAAAGCACAGGUAUGAAGUGUGUGUGGGGGGGUGCAUCAUGGAGCCCAGGAGAGGAGGUUUUAGGGUGCAUGGCAUCUGCCUUCUGUGGAGGUAGCCCUUGGCACAUGCCAAGCAAAGGUAGGUAUACUGAGCCCAGAGUCUGACCAGGCUCAGGCUUCAGCCUUCACAAACUACUUGUACUUAUCUGUGAAGAGUGGAUCAUAAUAGUAUUUUUUCCUGUACUAGGAAGCCAGCAAGUUUCAGGAGCAGCUGUAAGCAUAUGACGUGCUGCACCCACUAAGCCCUCACAGUAACCUGUGAGCCUUCUACAGAAGUGGAAGCUAAGGUCCAGAGAGGUUGAGUUACCUGCUCAAGCUGUUUGGGGGAAGAAAAAAGAUGGAAAGUGGUGCAGUUCUGCUGGAAUCAAAGUCCUCACCCUUUAACCUUCUGCAAGAAAUGCAUGAGCUCCGCCUUCUGGGCCACCUGUGUGACGUCACAGUCAGUGUUGAGUAUCAAGGAGUCCGUGAAGAGUUCAUGGCCCACAAAGCAGUGUUGGCAGCCACCAGCAAGUUUUUUAAGGAGAUGUUCCUCAAUGAGAAGACUGUGGUUGGUACCAGAACUAAUGUCUACUUAAAUGAAGUACAAGUUGUUGAUUUUGCUUCAUUUCUGGAGUUUGUCUACACCGCCAAGGUACAAGUUGAAGAGGAUCGGGUGCAGCGGAUGCUAGAAAUGGCUGAAAAGCUCAAGUGUUUGGACCUAUCAGAAACGUGUUUUCAGUUAAAGAAGCAGAUGCUAGAGUCAGUUCUCUUAGAAUUGCAGAAUUUCUCAGAGUCUCAGGAGGCGGAAGUGAGUAGCGGCCCCCAGGUCACGGUUGCUUUGGGCUCUAGGACAGGUGCUGUCACAGCCAGGGACUGUACUCACUCUAUUGGCCUUGUGGAUUCCACUGAUUACCCAAUGGAGAGAGUCAGCAAUGGCUUGCCCCAAGACAUGCCCCCCAGGAAGCCCAAGGAGAAACUAGAUAAGAAGAAGGAGGUGGCUAAGCCUCCCUACCCUAAAAUCAGAAGGGCUAGUGGAAGGCUGGCUGGAAGGAAGGUGUUUGUGGAAAUCCCUAAGAAGAAAUACACCAGACGCCUUCGAGAGCAGCAGAAAAGUGCUGAAGAGGAUGUGGAGGACUACAGGUGUGCCCAAGACCAAAGCCCAGACCCUGUGGGAAUGGAGAUGGGGUCUGUGGUGCAAAAUGAGGGUUGUAGUGCUGGUGUGGAGGUGGAGGAAGUGCUACCCAAAGCCUCAGGGGAAGGGGAAGAGGAAGGGGAACCAGAUGGGGAAAGAGAAGGGGAGGAGGGGGAGGGGGAGGACGGGGAGAAGAAGAAGAGCAACUUCCAAUGCACGAGCUGCCAGAAGGCAUUCCUGUAUGAGAAGAGCUUCCUGAAGCACAUCAAGCACCAUCACGGCGUGGCCACUGAGGUGGCCUACCGCUGUGACACCUGCGGCCAGACCUUCGCUAACCGCUGCAACCUGAAGAGCCACCAGCGCCACGUGCACAGCAGUGAGCGCCACUUCCCGUGCGAGCUGUGCGGGAAGAAGUUCAAACGCAAGAAGGACGUGAAGCGGCAUGUGGUACAAGUGCACGAGGGCGGCGGCGAGCGGCACCGCUGCGGUCAGUGCGGCAAGGGGCUGAGCUCCAAGACGGCGCUGCGGCUGCACGAACGGACACACACUGGCGACAGGCCUUAUGGCUGCACCGAGUGCGGGGCCAAGUUCUCGCAGCCAUCUGCCCUCAAGACCCACAUGAGAAUUCACACAGGGGAAAAACCUUUUGUCUGUGAUGAAUGUGGUGCAAGAUUCACUCAGAACCAUAUGCUGAUUUAUCAUAAAAGGUGCCACACAGGUGAAAGGCCUUUUAUGUGUGAAACGUGUGGCAAAAGUUUUGCUUCUAAGGAGUAUUUAAAACACCACAACAGAAUCCAUACUGGAUCAAAACCCUUUAAAUGUGAAGUGUGUUUCAGGACCUUUGCUCAGCGGAACUCUCUUUAUCAACACAUUAAAGUCCAUACAGGAGAACGGCCGUAUUGUUGUGACCAGUGUGGGAAGCAGUUCACCCAGCUCAACGCCCUCCAGCGCCACCACCGCAUCCACACAGGAGAGAAGCCAUUCAUGUGCAAUGCGUGUGGAAGGACAUUUACUGACAAGUCCACUCUCCGGCGGCACACCUCAAUACACGAUAAGAAUACUCCAUGGAAGUCUUUCCUUGUUAUUGUAGAUGGCUCACCCAAGAAUGAUGAAGAGCACAAGACGGAGCAGCCUGAUGAAGAAUAUGCAUCUCCCAAACUUUCGGAUAAAUUGCUGUCUUUUGCAGAAAAUGGCCAUUUUCACAACCUGGCUACUGUCCAAGGUGGUGUACCCACUGUGCAUGAAAACAGUUCUGCAGAUACCACCUGCAAAGCAGAUGACUCCCAGGACACUCUGCUCGCCACCACUAUCAGCGAGCUUAGUGAGCUGACCCCCCCCACAGACUCGGUGCCCACACAACUUCACACUUUGACCAACAUGGAAUGAAAGCUUGCAAUUGUGUUCCAAGCUGUGAUUGUGUGUGAUAGUGAUAUUCUGGGUAAUUCCAGACUAGCUGAGAAAAAGAACUAUAUGCAGAGAGGUGGACAAAAAUGACCUCUAGAUGUUCCUGAACUUCACUCACUUGCAUGGCUUUAUCACACCACAAUUAAGCUUUCCUGUAAAAAAAUUCUGAUCUGCAUGAUCUCAGCUACACUUUUAUCAGCAAAUAAGGCAGUUAACAUAAGCUCCAUUAAUCCUGCUGUAGGCUGUGUGCAUCAAUCAUUUGAAUGCUUGAUUCUCUUGAUAUUUAACCUACUGCUUAUCUUAACUGCAGAGCACUGACCCAGCUCAUGAAAUUGCUGUUAAUGGUCUUCCUGGUCUUGCCCUGCCUUAUACUUCCAUGAGUGUUUACUUCUUUGAUCCUCUAAGGUAUUUUUCUAGUAAGCUGAAAUUAGACUGGGUCUGCCUAUUUUCAGCAAUUUCUUCCUUGUGAGUUGUAUAAAAUCAGCUUUGCUCUGGAGCCCCUUGAGUGGGACUGAAGAAAUGGAUUAUUGCAGUCAUUCCUCCCUAACUCCUUUAUAGACACUAAAAAAGGAAUGACAACUUGAACUCUUAUGAGGCAAAGUAUCUCCACUCACAGCACCUGUGUAGUUGGGGAGUUUGUCAUAAGACCAUCUUUUGAAUUGAAAUGUGGUUAUUUAGUUUCAUUCCUGAAAAUCAGAUUAGGUAAAAGCUGUCCUACCAAAGAGUCUAGUAAAACUGUAGGUUUUUGUUUUGCUUUUAUUUAUUUUUUUGCAGAAGACCUGAGAAAUGAAGAGGCAUUAGAACACUUGGGUAGUAAUUUUAUUCAUAAGUAACACAAAGGUGAUUGCUAAAUUUUAAAUUAUUAGGAUUUUUUGCUAGGUUUAUCUCUUGAUUUCUCAAUUUUCCAGAAACUCAAGACUUGCUCAUGUCUGCAACAGUCUAGUAAUUCCCACAAUCUGCUUAGGGAGCACAUAAGAGUCUUUAGAAGGGACCAGAAGCCUCGGCGCACUAUCUCUGACUAUGCCUUAACAAGUGGAUCGUGAAGAACCAGUAACUUUGUCUUAAAUGCUCCUUUGACUAUACCACACUGGACUUAAAAAAAUUCACAAUGAAAAGAGAAUUCCAUUUUGUUAUUCUUGGCGUUUAGUUCCAAGGCCUUGGUGUGGUUGUGCACUUGUGAAAUGCUCUGAUUCACAUGUAACCCUUCAACAUACCCAUUUUAGGAAAGCGCCUUAAAGGGAGAAUUCUUUUGUUUGCUGGUUGCUUUUCCCCUUCUAUUUUUAAUUUAUUAAACUUGCUGUGAGACACUUUGAUUUUCUACAAGGAAGGUACCUUAUCUUUAAGUUCCAGGAUGAAGACAUGGCUGCCCUGAGGCAAACUGAGGGAAGACUUUCUUCCCCAGUGCUCACAUCCUGCCAACUUCUGACAUUUAAGAAACUAGAGAAAAAAAAAAAAAAAAAAAGAAGAAACUAGAGAAGCGUUUUGGGCACUGAUGUUUCACACCUGCUCUUGACGGUCACAGGACUCUGAGUUGCUUCAAGUUCAGUUAUGACCUUGUCAACGAAUCCUGUUAGUGUUUACAGAACAAAACAAUAGUGAUGGUCACACUACCAUUUGAAUCUUGGUAAGAGUGAACCUUCCCAGCAAAUGAUGUACUGUUUUAUGGAAUAAAGUCAUCUUGAUGAGAGAGAAUUAAAACAAGAUUAUUUUGUUAUCUACUGGAGGAAUUUUUGUCUUGAAUGUUUCUUUAGAAGUUCUACAUAAAAUUGUUUAAUGUGUUAAUAAAUGUCUGCUUUGUAAAAGUA